AUGAAGCUGCUCCCCCUCCUCGCCCUCUUAGGCAUUGGCGCCGCCCACCCGCACCAGCACCCCCACGAUGCCGCCGCCGCCGUCCUGGACUCGAGACAACAAACAUGCUCCGGUCCCGUAGAAGGCAACCCCUCCACCUGGUGGCGCGCCGCCAUCGGACACAACGGCACGGCGCCGACGAGCACGGACUCCACGUACCAGUACUACCGGACGGCAGUCCAGUACGGCGCCGAUAACACGGGUGUCCAGGACUCGUCUGACGCCUUUAACUUUGCCAUUGAAGCAUGGAGCCGCACAGGCAACACAGUAACAACCCGCCCAGCCUACAUCUACGUCCCGCCCGGCCGGUACCGCAUCAAGAAGCCGAUCCAGAUGCUCGUGACGACCUACCUCGUCGGCGACGCGCUCAACCCGCCCGUUCUCAUCGCCGAUCCGGCGUUGGGCAGCAGCCCCGUGAUCAACGGCUACGAUUCCCACCAAGGGGAUGGGUCCGCGACCAAGAACUUUUACAUGGCGGUGCGGAAUUUGGUGGUCGACACCACUGAGAUUGGGACGGGCGUCGCGGCCGUCGGCAUCGAUUGGAGCGUCUCGCAGGGGUGCUCGUUGACGAAUGUGAAAGUGCGCAUGCCGAAUUUCUCGAGCCAUGUUGGUGUGACUAUGGCGCAGGGCGGUUCUGGCAUCUUGAUUAGCGAUUGUCAAUUCGAAGGCGGCGCCAUCGGCAUUAAAGUCAACGGCCAACAAUACCAAUUCAAGAACCUCUCCUUCAACGGCUGCAACGUCGGUAUCUCCGUCGACCACGUCUACGUCGCCGUCGUCCAGGGCGCCACGUUCGCCAACUGCAACUUUGGCAUCGACAUGGGCCGCAACACAGCCGGCGUCGUCUCCGUCGUCGAUUCCAAGGUGGAAUCCUCCUGCAACGCCGGCGUUAACAACCUCGUGACGGGCUACGGCCAAAACUCCCUCGUCCUAGACAACUUCCAGGUCGGCGCCGGCGGCAGCACGGCGGCUGUAAAGUCCUCGAGCGAUGGGUCAACCUUACGAAAAGACUCCGUGCCGGCCGGGCAGACGUGGAUCAUGGGAUACGUCAACUCGAAUAAUUUGCAAAAGGGGACGGUGUACCCCAUCGAUCGGCCCGCUGCGCUGGUGUCCGGGGACAAGUACUUUACGGCGCCGCUGCCGCAGUAUGAAAAGUAUGCACUGGAUCAGUUUGUGAGUUUGAAGGGCGAUGCGCAGUACCCCGUGUACGGCGACAACAGCCACAAUGACGGGCCGAACAUCAAUGCCAUUUUGCAAAAGUAUAAGGGGUGCAAGAUCGUCUUUGUGCCGCAGGGUAUCUACCGCACCGAGGAGACGAUCUACGUUCCCCCAGGAACGCGGCUGGUCGGCGAGACGCUGAGCAUCAUCAACGGCAUCGGCUCAAAGUGGUGGAACCCCGACGACCCUCAGCCCGUCCUCAAGGUCGGCAACCCUGGCGAGACGGGCGUCGCUCAAAUCACCGACAUCACGGUAGAGGUAGCCGACGUCCUCCAGGGCGCAACUCUCGUACAGAUCAACAUGGCCGGCGCGCGGCCCGGCGACGUCGGCAUCUGGAGCAGCGUCUUCCGCGUCGGCGGCACGAAGCACUCGCUGACCAACACAAACUGCGGCGGCGCCGACCCGGGUGCGUGCAAGGCCGCUUUCGCGCUCAUGCACGUCACCUCCACGGCGAGCGCGUACCUCGAGAACGUCUGGGGCUGGGUGGCGGACCACUCACUCGACGGUGGCGCCGCGCAGAAUAUUGCCGUCGGAAGAGGCGCGCUUAUCGAGAGCACCAAGCCCACGUGGCUGGUGGGAACCAGCUUCGAGCACUGCGUCUUGUAUCAGUAUAACCUUCACAACGCGCAGAAUGUGUACAUCAGCUUGGAGCAGACGGAGUCUGCGUAUUGGCAGGGUGAGGGAACUCCCCAGCGAGCGCCCAGCCCGUGGUCCGUCAAACCAGCUUUCGGCGACCCGGAUUUCAGCAACUGCGCGGCUCAGGGACAAGGCAAUAACGACCGAUGCUACCGGUCGUGGGGCCACUACAUGACGGGCAGCUCCAAGGUGGUGAUCCACGGCUCCGCGCUGUGGGUGUUCUUCAACAAGAUGAACGACAACCAGUGGCAGAACGCGCAGUGUGAGAACACAGGCGGCAACUGCAUGACCAACCAGGCCUACGCCGACGGCGCCAAGUCGACGUACUGGUUCGGCCUGAGCACCAAGAGCACUACCGCGCUUCUGUAUGACAAGACGGGUGGCGUCAUCUGGGAGGUGUUUGCAAGUGAUAACACUGGCGGGUGGGGAGGUGUCCUUGCCGCGUAUCUUCGAGACUCGGCAGCUUGA